AUGAUCGACUUAACAGUCAAGACCUUGGAUUCGCAAAAUCACGUCUUCUCCAUCGAGGACGACCAAAUCACGGUCCGUGGCUUUAAAGAACAUAUAGCAGAAUCUGUUGCGGUAUCAGCUGAUUCGCAAAGGUUGAUUUAUUGUGGACGAGUGCUUCAAGAUGACAAGAAGUUAAAUGAUUAUGAUGUCAAUGGAAAAGUCAUACACUUGGUUCAACGUGCGCCACCUCAGCCAGGUCAACACGGAAAUGAUGGUGGGCAAACGCAGGGGCAAAAUAGACAAGGCUGGCAGAAUUCACAGAGAUCGCACUACCGCGUUACACGCGCUCAGAUACAUGGGAAUGCAAUGUAUCUGGGUGCCAUGUCAGUUCCAGCAGAGAUUGUAGAGGGACAUGGGAUACCACAGUUGAGCAACAGCUUAUCCGGUAGUAGAUUGAAUCAUGCAGGUCGCAUGCUUGAUCAUAUAGGUGAGCUGAUUGAUCGAUUAGAUGAUCCCAGUUCUCCUCCUCUGCAUCCUACUCCGUCGGAACUUAAUCAAUCAACAACACAGCAACAGCAACAAUCGCAAGAACCAGAAGUAGAACAAAAUGAGAACAAUGAUGUCUUGAGAGACGAUAGUGGUGCUAGACUCGCGGAAGCAGCCGCAGCCGCCAUUACGGCCGCAUUAUCCUCUGCUGGUGCGCGCGCUGUCACAUUGUUCAGAGGAAGCAAUUAUAAUAGUGGAAGUACGAGAUCUACAAGCGAUACAAAUGAAAAUCAAAGUGAUGCACAACAAUCACAGUCGCAACCACAAACACAACAACAGCAGCAACAACAACAGCAAGCACAAGCGACUACAGACACGGGAGCCACAUCGAACAAUGCUGGACAAAACAGACGUGUUCAACAGCAAGACCUUCCACGACUUCCACAAAUGGCAGAAUUAUUGCAGAGACUGAUUAACACUCAAGAUCGAUUAAGACCGUAUUUUGAACGUUAUUGCAUGCUCACGCGUCUCGAUCCUUUAUUGCCGCCUGGGCCCGGGCCAAACACUGUGGAAGAAAGUCAAAGGAUAGUGGACGGAGUCAGCGAAAUUCUGCAUUUUAUGUCUCAUGCUUGUCACGCGCUAAGCGACAUUAUUAUCGAUAUGAGUCAACCGCCACGUCGAAAUUUGCGUUGUCGACCAAUAAUAGUACAACAUUCGGCCAUCUUACAGCCCAGUAUACCAAUACAAGUAGAAGCUCACAUCAGUUUGAACGGUCGCAGUGCUAAUAAUAAUAACAGUAACGACGAGUCGAUCGAGUCCGGUAAUCAGCAGGCGCAAUCGAAUAACGCGGAAUCAGCGACAUCACACAUUAAUACAGAGGAAGGCAGUCAGGAACGAGAAUCCGAUAAUACGCAAUCGCAAGGAGAACGACCGCAACAAGAGCAAAGCCAAUCGCCUUUCGAUACAGUAUUCAAUUUACCGAAUCAUGUCGAAGUGCUGAUGGAAGUUAAUUCCGAGAGUAAUAUAGAUGGAGGAUCUGGCAAUGAACAAAACGCGGCGGGCAAUGAAAACAACAACAAUGAUAACACCCGUAGGACAAAUGUAUUUCCAUUUGGCACAGGCCCACCGCCGUAUUUUAUGCGAAACUUUAUGCAAGCUGUUGCCGGACAUAUGGUGCAUAGUGGUAUCACUACUACGACUAUGAGCUCAAGAAAUCCACCCGUCACUACUGUAGGAGCGCAACAAAGUGUUUCCACAUCGAUGGAUAGUGGAAACGCGAAUACCGGACAAAGCACUCAAGCACGGAGCAACACUGGUACUCAUCCUACAACCGCCACUCAGACUCGAAGUACGUCGCGGCCGCACGUGUUCCAUCAUCACGCUCAUCCCGUUGGUCUCGGUAUGAGUAUUGGACUAGGUCUUGAUUUCGAUCCCUACCUUCCGUGCAAUUCGCAUCAUAUAUAUCGCACUCCAACAAGUACCACAUCUAGUACUACUACGACUGGCGUGACAACCUCAUCGCAAACGACACGCACAACAUCAACAGCCACGGCGGACGCUCAGAAUCAAACGAAUCAAACCGCAACAACUUCAACUACAACUACUACUGUCCCUUCAACAAACACAACAUCGGCGACAAAUGCUGAAAGGGCUUUCAAUAAUCCUUUUGCAAACUUAUUGCAAAUAUUAGAUCAGUCAGCAGUAGGUCAACCACCUAACAUCAAUAGUAAUGCUUUGGUAGAAAAUCUUGUUAACAUAACGCAGAUACUCAGUAGCAAUAUGCACGCAGGAUUCGUGAGUGACAGUUUGAACGGAAGUGAUGUUAUCACUUUAUCCGACUUAUUCGAGGCUAUAGGUCUAUCUAUGGAUCUUCUCACGUCACACGAAUCUGGCAGAGAAGAUAACUUCCUCAUCGAUCUAUUCGCAUUACUGGCACAUACUAUGACUCUGGAUGAGUUGAGCAGACUACGUCUUGGUCAAUGGGAACCUAUCGCUAGUUAUCGAAGACCGUUGCAGGAGCUCCUACAGUACACGUUUUCCGAUGCUUCAUCAUCAGAUGUUCUUCAAGAACAAACAAUCGAACGUUUACUUUCUCAACUGCGGCCUCAUAUUCGAUAUCUUUUGGCGUUCGAGGAACACGCAGGCAGCAGGAGCGGUUCUCGCGUUGACAUAUGCGCAACUACCGAAUCAUUGAUCUCUCGCCAUGCAAGGGAUAUACUGAAGAUCUUAUUUAAUAACGAAGUUGAUGAUGCAAGAUUCGGACAGGAAACGCUAAACAUCCUAAUUAAUCUGCGCAACCAAUUCUUCACGGUGCUGCGAUAUUCACUGCGCGGCGGUCAAAUUGAAUUGAGGCCAAUUAUGACACGUUUUGUGAACGACGUGAUGGACGGUAAUAGAUCCGCUCUUCUUCAGUGGUUACAGCUUAUAGUUAUCGCUCAUCUUUGUACUUACUUUCUACAUAUGCCUCCAUGGCCACUGGCAUUGGAUUCAGAAAUCAUACCACUUUUGAUAUAUAAGGAUGCAUCGUCCCAGCAAUCUUCAGUAUCUUCAGCUUCUCGCCAAUCCACACAAGUACAAUCGGAAGAUGAGCCAAUGGAAACGGAAACUCUGGAAAGCAACAAUCAACAACCAACGCUCGAAAGCUCGAUUCCUGAGGAUCGAGAAGAAAUUCCAGAAACAUUCCCCGGGCACGAGGUUUUACCUUCGGAUUGGGUGCCAAUUAUUGCUCGCGAUGGCGUGAGACAACGUCGACAAUUACAAAGUGGAACGCCAAACGGAGACGUAACAACGUUUAGCGACGCAUAUCUGGGCGGAUUGCCGAGUAAGCGUCGCAAGCUUAUUGAACAACAAAAACCGCGAUUAUUAGUUAGCCCGACACCGAAUCAUCACUCAACGAUAGCGGCGUCUAUGGAACGGUUGGUCAGAGAGGGAGUCAGUCGCGCCGGUGUCGAGGAAGUCGAGGGUGCCGCCGUGGCUGUCGCGGCGGAUCCUGCCGUACGACGUGCGUUUGGUCAGGCAAUUAGGGAUUGUUUGAAUCCGUGUCGAUAUGAUUUUCCGGACCCGUUGCGCUUCCCGAAUGCGACUAAGUAUUUCGCAGAGCAGGAACGCCCGCCGAAAUAAUAGCUAACGGAAAGAUAUAACACAUCGUACUUUGAUUUAUGGAUUACAGAACUGAAAGAGAUAUAUUAGUUUAAAAUUCGACAACGAAUAAGCGACUAUCUCUUUGAGAAAAAUCGGUACGCAACAUUCGUCUUUGUGAAAACAUUCUAGUUGUAAUUAUUAUUCUAAAAUAUAGUAAAGAGAAAAUUAUCUCUCCUCUAUUCUAGAAUAUAAUAAAGAAAAAAAUUAUCGAUUCUCAAUUACUAUUCUAAAAUAUAGUAAAGAGAAAAUUAUCGAUUCUCUCCCGAAUAAAUAUCUCCGACGAAUCUAAAAUGGCUGAUCAGUACGGUGCAAAUGUACCUAUUUACCUAUCUACCUACCUACCUAUUAUCUAUAUGCCCAUAUCAAUGUUUCUGCUUUAAUAGAAUUAUCAUUAUUAUUCUUCGGCUUAAGUUUGUAAUUGAUAAAUAAAGUAACAUUUAUAGGGUGUUCUCCUCAAAUCAAACUCUUCGUCAAAUCUUUGCGAAGGAAAAGCCAACAUUAAUUCCAUAAAGGAAUAUACACCCUGUAUAUACAUAGAUGUAAAAAUUGUUAACUGUACAUCUCUAUUUAUGAAUUUACAUACGCUAGUUAAUUCUCCGUUGUCUUUUCCACUCGCAAAUCUCGAUUUCUCAUUAUCUUUUUCUCACUAAAUUGGUCAUUCCGAAAGAAUAAACUUGAUAAAUCCGAGACAAUUGUAAUAAAAAUAGAUCGAUUUCGUUUCAUUUUUUUGAUUAUCACGACAAUGAUGAAUAUGAUAAUGCGACAUUGCUUUUGAAAGCAAUGCAUUGUAAGUCAUAAUCUUAUCAGUUGUUUCGUGUAGAUAAUUUUCGAUAUAAACACGAUGAAUCGAAGAUAUUUUCGGAUCCAGAAUCUUUCUACGACGCGCGUAUUAUACGUUUAUUUGCACGAUAAAAAUAAAUCGAUGUGUACAAUGCGUGAUUAUACAAUGAUAACAUAUUGUACGUGAAAUAAGUUUAACCGUUCUAAUAACCAAACAAUUGUACGGAGAAAAAAAGAAAAUAAUAAAAUUGUGUAUCCCUUUUCCUCCGCGUUACUUUGUUCCUUCGAUUCUUUAUAUAUAACAAAAAUUGUCAAAUGAUCUUUUGACAGUCAUUCACAUAUGAGACUAUUGUUAGAAAUUAUUACAGCUCUUAUUGCGGCAAUAAGGAUGAGCAUAAUUCGAUAUUU